AAGGCAAAAGCCAAAACAAAACUAUAGAGGUGUUGAUAUUAUUAAUUCGAUGGAUACAAGGGAAGAAGAAUCUCAAGUUGACGAGGGUCUAUUUCCACCUCUAAACUUGCUUUUUACACCAACUCCGGAAUUGAUCGCCUUGAUUGAAACCCAACUGCAACAAGACUACUCAAGUCCUCAUCAACAAAACUUUCAUUACACCACAGAGCACCCAAAGACCUUAACACCUUCUGAAACUCCUAAAAACCAUGAAAAACUAAAGGCUGUGGAUUCUCAAAUCUACAAGAUCACAAUUGGUCAAUGGACUCACAUGCGGGUCUACCCGGAUGAUAUUAAGGCGAAAUUCUAUUUAGCAAAGAAGAGAAUUAUUUGGGAGAUUCUAGACGAUGUAGAAACAGGAACACAAGUGGAGAGGCUGAAGAGAAAGAUUGAGAGCCAAUGGUCUGAUGCCUUGUCUUUCAGAGCAACAUAUAAUUCAAAUGAUGGAGCUGGAAUACUAGAAGUCGAGUUGGGAAAACGUCCAACGUUCUUCAUAGAGACUAAUCCACAGCGGGGAAAACACACUCUGUGGAAGAUCUGUCCAGAUUUUACCCUAAAUCAGUCUGCUUCUAUAUACAGGAGACAUACACUUCAUUUUUUCCCUGGAGAUUUGCAAAAAACAUUGGAUAAGCUUGUGUCCGGAGAUAGCUUCUGGUCAAAACUGGCUAAAGUCAGUUUCCCAACUCUACAGUCUCUUUACUUCGAUUUUGGCUUUGGAGACAGCAACGACGGCUUUGGAGACAGCAACAACAAUGCUGCCAUCACCUUGUCUCACUACGGACACUAUCAAACAGUUCCAGUAUUUGGUCAGGUGCCUAAGCCUGAUGUAAACGUAAACUUGAACGUACCAACUCAGUUCUGCGGUACUGAUGGGAGACAAAUGAACUCAUUUGUUCAAGACGUUGACUUCCCUGGGACGCAAGUUAUCCAACCAUCUUAUCAGUUGAUCGGGGGAAGGUACUUUAGUGGGCAACAAUUUAACAAUCCAAUGAUCCAAGACCAAACGGGAAACACAGUGGAGUUACGUGGAAAUCAAGCGUAUGAACAAGCAUUACGUGAGACACAAGCUAGCUACAUGAUGUUUCAGAUGGAACCGUAUCUACAAGACAGCUUAGCUCAAGGAGGAGAUACACAGAACAUGGAGCACAUAACUUCUGAUGGUAACUUUCAGACCAACAGCAUAUGUUAUUGUGACCAAUGCCUCAUCAACAAUGGUUUAAUGCCUCACUGAUUUGUUGGUACAAGUAUGUAUAUCACUAAAGGUCUAGCUUUGUCUUUCUCUGCUACAUCUUCCCUAUAAUUCUUGUGGUUUUUUUCUUCAAAUUUCUC